GUGUUUCCAUUCUUAACACGAGUUUAUUUAAACUAAACAAAAGAGCCGAACAAAUAUUUAUGGAGAUUUUAUCAACCAUGCUUGACUCUUCUAAUUUUUGACGUCCACUUGGUCCUGUGUUCUUGCAUAUUAUUCCUUUUAAAUCUUAAGGAUAUCGUGUAUCAGGUGAAAAAUCAGAAAACACAACCUGUCGACCCCCAGGAAGGGACGAUUCGCUGAUUUCUUAAUAGUUAAACGAUUCUGUUCCAAUAUGCCUAUUUACGUCACAGCACAUUAACUUUUAAUCAAUGCUGAAUUGAAUGUCAAUCUGAUCUAAGUGUUUGGAAUACAAUGCUAUAUUGAUCCUCACACCAUUUGAAUCCAGGGAUUACAUCUAAAUCAUCCUAACAUUGGAAACUUCAGUGACCUAUGAACGAUGCAUAAAACAGCUGCCACUGCGCCAAAGCGCCAACCAGAUCUGAAUUUACCGUCUUUGAAACGACAUACUCGCAGCAACAUUCAGAAAACCCUACAGGAGAUAGAAGGAUAUGUGCCAACAGAGGAUUUAGAAGCAGCGAAAUUAGAAUAUAUCGGCUUGGUACAGGCUGAACAGCUGCUUAAGGAACGUUAUCCCCCAGUGUACCAGGAUGUAUUGAUUUCUGGCAUCAUGGAGGCACAGAAAAGCCCUCGUCACGGACCAGAGAACAGCCCAAAGAGCAGACUGAGGGAAGUGUUGAUGGUUGCAUGCCGGGAGCCCAGUGUCAAUAAGUACACUUCCGGAACGGCCUUGUACGAGUACAAUUCACUUAAACGUUCCGAAAAAAUGCUGCUGAAUAUGCAAAAUAAAGUGGAGUUACCGCAGAAGUACCUCCCAAAAAGAAUGACAAUCAUGGAAGUGUCUCCCCGAGUGAAGCACGGCAAGAAAACCUCACGGGGAGAGACCCACAGACAUUCCGUAACGGGGUCCUCUAUCAGCGACUAUGAAGAUGUUCUCAGAACAGUGGAGUUCCAACAGACUAAGAUAGAUCAGCUCACUAAGAGACUGGGAGGCGGACUAGAGGAGGACGAGACCGCACUCAGCAAAGCCCUCAAAAUCACUAAACGAUUUAGAGACUUCCGAGACAAAGAAUACGCAAGCGCAUUUCACGAGAUGAGCACAUGGAACCAAGGCAAAGACACGGAAAUCAUGUAUAACCUUAUGAGGAUAAUACGGUAUGCAUAUCCAUUCUGCCAAACCGCCGCCUACGGACAACUUUUGGAUUUAACCACGACAUCUGCAGUGCCUUUACUACAACCAAUCAAACUUCCCUACCUAGAAAGUUCACCAACACGAGAGCAGAGACUGAUGUUGUCAUCAAAAGGGAUGAAAUACGUCAAAGGUUUACGCCAGGAGGUGGCCACAAUAUCUGUGCCGCAGCUCUGCAAGAAAUUCAAGGAAACAACCAUAGAAAAGGAUUUUCGCUGGGACCAUACAAAACUGCCUAGUGUGCUCAAUGACUACAUAGACAAAUGUAUAGAAAUAUUAUGGUUAAUGUGCGUACAAGAUCCGCCCAUGGCUCUUGUUUGGCCGUCAGAGGGCGACAGAGUUGACCGGGACAAAUACGAUUUUUAUUCAGAGAGUGGGAAGUACGUGUCCAUGUGCGUGUGGCCAGCAGUUCUAAUACAAGAAGGGCGAAAGGUUUUAUCAAAAGGAUCUAUUAUAGCGACGCAAAAGUGAUGGAAUUUACAAAAUUCAAAAUUCGCAAAAUAUUAAUCACGUGACAUUUGAAACUUGUGUCAAUGUAGGCAAGCAAACUAUCGCUCUUUCAUACACAUAUUGUGACUCCUUUAUAUAUACCAAUAUGAUAGUAUUAAUUGUCACGUGAUUUGUCUCCUCAAUAGGACAAGCUUUAAUACUUUAAUAUACAAAAC